AUGGCGUCUCUCUCCAUGGCUUCCGUUAACCUUAGGUUCUCUCCUCUACGCUCUUCUCCAAGUGUUUCCCUUCGCGUCUCCGUACAAUUCGCUCGAUUGAACAAGGCGUGUGACUCGUCGAGCCUUAGCUCAACUCACUCCAUUUCCGGGCUUCGCGCUGUUUUCCCCCAGAAGAUUUCCUCAGUUGUUGUUUCUACGAAUUCUCAGAGGCUUCAGUCUCUUACCGUUUUCGCUCAUAAGGGCUACAAGAUGAAGACCCACAAGGCUUCAGCGAAGCGGUUCAGGGUCACAGGUAAAGGGAAGAUAGUGAGGAGACGAUCAGGAAAGCAGCACUUGUUAGCUAAGAAGAACAACAAGAGGAAACUGCGUCUUUCCAAAAUGCACGAAGUGAGCCGGAGCGACUAUGACAAUGUGAUCGGCGCUCUUCCUUAUCUGAAAGUCAACCGAAAGGCGACUUAA